GUUUAUUACUAAUACAAUAAUAUAAUAUAAUUUAGGAGAAGCGUACGGGUGUUGACCAUAUAUUUGAACACAAUGUCGGCUUUUCGAGGGAUGCCGAGUGGAAACGGAUGCGGACAUCACUGUCGCCCACGUUUAUGUCGACCGGAAAACUCAAACGAAUGACUCCUUUAAUCCUCGAGUGCGUGGACACUAUGAACGACACCAUCGACAACAUUAUUGCCAGUAGUAAUGGCAUACUCUCGGCGCCGGUAGACGUGAAACGAGUGACAGGUGCCUAUGCCAUGGAGAGCACAAUACAAAUGACUUUCUCGCGGAAAGUGUCAGCUCUGGACGAUCCUAAUAACCCUAUCAUAGAAAAUGUCCGCAAGAUUCAUAAGAAUAGUUUAUUGUCCCUGGUGAAAUUAUCAACUAUUAUGUUAGCUCCAUAUGUGGCCAGAAUGUUGAGAAUAUCGCAGUUUGAUAGUAAAGUUACGCAAUUUUUCAGCGACUUUACGCUAAAUCUAAUCGAUGAGAGGAAACGUGUGUCGGAAACCGAAAGUGCCGUAAAAAAGGUUGACUUUUUGCAACUAAUGUUGGACUCAAUGAGAGAUAAUAACAAUCAGGCGAUCGAUGGGUCCGAUGAUUAUACGGAUAGUAAGGGUGGAGAGAAAUAUGGGGAAAUACGGGCCACGGCUGGCAUGAGGGAUAAGGGCCUUUCACACGACGAGAUCAUAGCCCAAUGUGUGAUGAAUUUAAUAUCCGGGUACGAUAGCAUUUCCGCUACGAUAUCCAUAUGCUUGUAUUCAAUCGCUAAACACCCGGAAGUCCAACAAACACUGUACGAAGAAAUUAAUACAUUUUAUGAGCAAAAGAAAUCAAUGGCCGAUAUAUACGAGUCAUUAAACGCAAUGAAUUACAUGAACGCAGUCGUCGACGAAACCAUACGACUAUAUCAAGGCUCCAAAAUUGAGAGGAUUCCCUCCGUGGACUACGUCCUUAAAGGCACCGGUAUUACCAUCAAAAAGGGUCACGUGGUGCAAAUCCCGACGUACGCCAUGCAUAGAGACCCGGCUAACUUUGCCGAUCCGGAAGCGUUUCGACCGGAAAGGUUUCUACCGGAAAAUAAAGCUCACAAUCCCUAUACGUAUUUGCCAUGGGGUGCCGGCCCUCGAAGCUGUAUGGGCAUGCAAAUGGUUAAGUGGUUGGUUAAAUUGGCCCUGGUGAGCCUGGUUCAUCGAUACGUUUUUCACACUACAGAGCUUUGUAGUAGUAAUUAA